AUGGGCUCCGGGCCGCGCGGGGCGCUGAGCCUGCUGCUCCUGCUGCUCGCACCGCCCCGCCGCCCCGCCGCGGGCUGCCCGGCGCCGUGUGACUGCGCGGGGACGCGCGUGGAUUGCGGGCGCCGCGGGCUGACGUGGGCCUCGCUGCCCGCCGCCUUCCCGCCGGACACGACCGAGCUGGUGCUGACGGGCAACAAUCUGACGGCGCUGCCGCCGGGACUGCUGGACGCGCUGCCCGUGCUGCGCACCGCGCACCUGGGGGCCAACCCCUGGCGCUGCGACUGCCACCUGGUGCCGCUGCGCGCCUGGCUGGCCGGCCGGCCGGAGCGCGCGCCCUACCGCGACCUGCGGUGCGCCGCGCCCCCCGCUCUGCGCGGCCGCCUGCUGCCCUACCUGGCGGAGGACGAGCUGCGCGCCGCCUGUGCGCCGGGCGCGCUCUGCUGGGGGGCGCUGGCGGCGCAGCUCCUGCUGCUCUGCCUCGGGCUGCUGCACGCGCUGCUGCUGACGCUGCUGCUGUGCCGCCUGCGCCGCCUGCGCCGCCUGCGCGCCCGCGCCCGCGUCGCACACCCGUUGUCGCUGACCGCCCCGCUGAUGGCAGAGCCGGCCGGAGCCAGCGAGUCCCGAGAGGAGUCCUGA